ACGGCAAGAGAGAGAAGGGGAAGCCGGAAGGGGCGCGAGUGAAGCAACGGGGAGAAGACAGCUCCCGAGAAGGCGAGGGGUGCGCGUGCGCCCGCCUCUCCUAACUCUCCCCUCGUCCCCACCGCCCUCUCUCGCGGCCAGGAUGCAGAAUGUGAUUAACACGGUGAAGGGAAAAGCGCUGGAAGUGGCUGAGUACCUGACCCCGGUCCUCAAGGAAUCAAAGUUUAAGGAAACAGGUGUUAUCACCCCAGAAGAGUUUGUGGCAGCUGGAGAUCACUUAGUCCACCACUGUCCAACAUGGCAAUGGGCUACAGGGGAAGAAUUGAAAGUGAAGGCAUACCUACCAACAGGCAAACAAUUUUUGGUCACCAAAAAUGUGCCAUGCUACAAGCGGUGCAAACAGAUGGAAUAUUCAGAUGAAUUGGAAGCUAUCAUUGAAGAAGAUGAUGGUGAUGGGGGAUGGGUAGAUACUUAUCAUAACACAGGUAUUGCAGGAAUAACUGAAGCAGUUAAGGAGAUUACAUUGGAAAGCAAGGACAGUAUAAAACUUCAAGAUUGCUCAGCAAUAUGUGAGGAGGAGGAAGAAGAAGACGAAGGAGAAGCUGCAGAUAUGGAAGAAUAUGAAGAAAGUGGAUUGUUGGAAACAGAUGAGGCUACCCUAGACACAAGGAAAAUAGUAGAAGCUUGUAAAGCUAAAACUGAUGCUGGAGGUGAAGAUGCUAUUUUGCAAACAAGAACUUACGACCUUUAUAUCACUUAUGAUAAAUAUUAUCAGACACCACGACUAUGGUUGUUCGGCUAUGAUGAGCAAAGACAGCCUUUAACAGUUGAACACAUGUAUGAAGACAUCAGUCAAGAUCAUGUGAAGAAAACAGUGACCAUUGAAAAUCACCCUCAUCUCCCACCACCUCCUAUGUGUUCAGUUCACCCAUGCAGGCAUGCUGAGGUGAUGAAGAAAAUCAUUGAGACUGUUGCAGAAGGAGGGGGAGAACUUGGUGUUCAUAUGUAUCUUCUAAUUUUCUUGAAGUUUGUACAAGCUGUCAUUCCAACAAUAGAAUAUGACUACACAAGACACUUCACAAUGUAAUGGAGAGAGCAUAGAAUCUAUCCUAAUUAUUGUUUCUGAUUUUUAAACAACCCAUAGAUGUGACCAUUGACCAUAUUCACCAAUAUGUACAAUUUCUCUAAUAAAGAGACUUAUAUGUUUAUGCAUUAAAUAAAAAAAGUUCUACUACCA